AUGGAUAUGGCCGAGGAAGAGGUAGAAUAUGAGGGGGAGGAAGAUUUGGUAGCAGCAGCUUCGGUGGAGGCCGUGGAAGUGGCGGAUACGGCAGCGACGACAAGAGCUACGGGCGCGGUCGCGGCCGAUUUGAUGGCGAGUGCCAUUAUUGCCACAAGAGCGGACACAUGUGGCGCGAUUGCUACAAGCUCCCUGAAGGUUGGACCCCUGCUCAAGGCCAAGAGGGUAGAGGAGCAGGAGGAGGGAGAGGAAGAGGCCGUGGAGGCCGUGGCGGUCGCGGAGGUGGAGCUGCAAACAGCAAGAGCGGAGAUAACGGCAAGGACCCGAGCGACGAUCUAUAUCCGGGUCAAUUCUACUUCGUGUCGACGCAAGUACCGGCUGGUCGAGCUUUGGGUGAUCAAUAGUGGCGUUACCUAUAGCAUGCCACCUCGCCCGGACUUGCUCACCGAACUCGAGCCGUCACAAGUGAAGCAUGUCACAUCGGCUUUGGGGCAGCAAGCAGAGGUGAAAGGCAUGGGCAAGGCCAUGUUCAAGGGUGCUGAUGGGAAGAUGGUGGGCCUCAAGAACGUGCUUUGGGUGCCCAGCCUUGCUGCAAACCUGAUUUUUGUGCGGCGAUUGGCAAAGGCCAGCAUGGACACGAACUCGAAGGGAGCCAAGACCUACACCACAAGGAUUGGCGUCCGGAUUCUUUGGGACCUUCACGAGGACAGGGAUGUCUACAACGAGAUGUGGCAGAUCCCUGUGGUCCCUAUGCCUAAGGAGAGGCAAGUGGCAGCAAGCGUCAGCACCAAGGGUGAAGCGGUUGGUAGCGGCGAUGGCGCGAACGGUCGCGCUAAGGAGAAUGAGCCCAAGAAGGGCAAACCUGGAGGGACCAGCAAGCUCGGUGAACCUAAGGAGAGUGAUGCAGCAGCCAAGGAGCAGCACAAGGGUGAGGAGAACCCCGAGGCAGCAGCGGAGGAGGACUAUGGAGAGAGAAGGUGGGACGCUAUUGCGAGCGCGGCAUUCUCCAAUCCGACUUCGGCUACUAGGGAGUGUGAUUGGCUCAUUUUGCAUCGGUGUAUGGGGCACGUGGCGUUGUCCAUCUUGCAGCAACUAGUGAAGAACCAAAUGGUUUCUGGCAUACGUGUGAAGGGGGAGCCCAAUGAGGUGCUUGGCUGCCCAACGAGCAUGCAAGCCAAGUUCACCCGAUUUCCGUUCCCUAGUUCGGAGGCAACGGCAAAGGCACCGCUUGAUCCAUUAGGUGGUGAUGGACGUGGUGGGCCCCCUGAAGCUUGGAGCUGCUGGAGCAGAGUACUUCCUCACCAUUGUGGAUGUCUACACCUGCAUGACUUGGGUGUACGUGCUGGCCAAGAAGAGCGACGUGGCUGA